UGCCGUGGCUGGAAGUUACUGUGCGGCGGCGGUAAGAGGGCGGCUGUGGCGGCGGCGGCGGCGGCUGAGGCGGUGGCUGAGGCAGCGACGGAGGAAACAGAAGAUGGCAGAUUUUUUGAAAGGACUGCCUGUGUACAACAAGAGCAAUUUUAGUCGAUUUCACGCCGACUCCGUGUGCAAAGCAUCGAACCGACGGCCCUCGGUCUACCUGCCUACGCGGGAGUACCCGUCCGAACAGAUCAUUGUGACAGAAAAAACAAACAUCCUUUUGCGCUACCUACAUCAGCAAUGGGACAAAAAGAACGCUGCCAAGAAGAGAGACCAGGAACAAGUGGACCUGGAGGGAGAGAGCUCGGCCCCACCCCGCAAGGUCGCACGGACCGACAGCCCGGACAUGCACGAGGACACUUAAGACUCAUGCUCCCCCACAAGCGCCUCCUGUCUUGUCUAUUCCUCGCCUGCCCACCCGCCGUGUGUAAGCGCCCUGCCUGCCCCCGCCGGCCCGCCCACGCCCCGCCAUCCAUACCACUUCCAACCUCAUAGGAGCCGAUGUAUUUAUUUUCCUUGAGUUUUUAUUUAUGCUGUAAAAUGUACCAAGUGAUGGUUAAAGGGGACGUCAGACCCAGUAGUGUGGUGUUGGUAGAUGCUUUUUGAAAACAACAUUGUUAUUUACCACCUCCCCCGCCCCCAGUUGCCUCUCCUCCCGCCCCACAGUCCUCCUCUGGAGAACCAGAGUGGGUCUGCGAGGGUCUAGAGCUGGGGCCCUGCAGCUGGGCGGCAGGGGUGGGGGCCUUCUCCCUGCUCCCCCUGCCGGUCCGGGCCUUAAAGACUUGGCCUUGUCUCACAUUCCAUCGGGACCUAUUCCGUGCCCAGACCUUGCUCUGAGCGUGCACCAGGGGAGAAGUCGGCCCUUCCGGAUCUUUCUCUCAAGUCAUUUUAUCAUGGACUUGUGCGUGCUCCGUGUCCACCCCAAUAAAAGGAUCUUUCCUACUCGA